AUGAUGUCCAAAACAGAAGAAAAAGCGGCACAAGAGCUGACACAGGUGAUGGAGAAAACGAUGGAGCGUCUCCAAGGAAGAUUUCAAGUGAUGUCCGAUCACCUGGAGUCUCAAAUGGACGAGAUGGGAAGCCGCAUCGAUGGCCUGGAGAAGAAUGUGUCGGAGCUCAUGACACAGGCCGGUAUGGACGACCAGACCGAGUCCAAGUGA